CAUCAAAGCGGUCGCUGGGGGGGGGGAGCUCGUGUGUCAACAUCCAGGGUUUUCCCCAGGGAGGCGUAGCAUUAAUACCUGAUGUUGCCUUGAAACAGUCUUUUCUCAAACGGUAGCAGCUUUCUGUACUACAAAAAGCAGCAGAAGACGCACACCUUCACGCGCCGCUUUGACGUUAGCUAAUGUUAUUUCAAAGGAUGACGGUGUACAAAGUGCCAGCAGCCUCUCCGGUAAUUUAAUAAGAUCUGGGGGACGUGCUAGCUUAGCUAGCUGGCCUUGUAGUUUGGGUGAGACCAGGGAAACGCUGCGAAACGCUCUGCUGACAUGAUGUUUCCUCAAUCCAGGCACACGGCGUCAUCUCAGUCCGGCCAAGCUCUGAAGUUCACCACCUCUGACUCCUGUGACCGAAUCAAAGAUGAGUUCCAGUUCCUGCAAGCACAGUAUCACAGUUUGAAGUUGGAGUGUGAUAAGCUGGCCUCAGAGAAGUCAGAGAUGCAGCGUCACUACAUCAUGUAUUAUGAAAUGUCCUAUGGGCUCAACAUUGAAAUGCACAAACAGGCUGAAAUAGUGAAGAGACUGAAUGGGAUCUGUGCUCAGGUGCUGCCUUACCUGUCCCAGGAGCACCAACAGCAAGUCAUGGGCGCCAUAGAGAGAGCCAAGCAGGUCACACCUCCUGAGAUGAACUCCAUCAUACGGCAACAGCUGCAGGUGCAGCACCUGUCCCAGCUCCAGGGCCUGACCCUGCCCGUGACCCCGCUGCCCCUGGGCCUCACCCCGCCCUCCCUGCCUGCGGUCUCCUCCAGCUCAGGCCUGCUCUCCCUCUCCUCCAUCCUGGCCAACUACUCUCACAGCCAGCCGCAGGCAGGGAAGGAGGACAAGGCCAGAGACGGUGCAGAGAGAGCGCCCAGGGGAGACGAUGGCGACAAGUCAGACUAGUGAAGGCUCACAGAGGUCAUUGGGCUGAGGGUAGUGGGAGCUAGUAUGUUGGGGUUGGGGGGGUGUAAGUGUUUAAAAGGAAAACUGACUGUAAACGGGGGUUGAUGCACGACUGACUGCUGAGUGUUGUAGAGAACUACGCAGAAAUGAUAAUGAUGAGGAUUCUGAAACGCU